UAGGAGAGGAGGAGCAGGGAGAGGCGCUCUCCGGAGUCGCGUGUGCUGCGUUCAGACGAGCAGCAGGCCAGAUCCCUUGACCGCGCGAAUCACGGGGCAAACACGUGGGCAUGUAGACAGUGCUUAGUCAUGCCCCCAAGGAAGAGAUGGGGGAUUGGGGCGAAGCGGCUGGAGAGCUCCGGGAGGCGCUGAGGCGGAGGCCGCGUGUGGCCCCUGACUUGGGCCUCGGGCGGGGGUGGCCCAGCGCGGGGAAGGCGGCCCUGGCUCGGUGCGGGCUCCCUUCCAGCCGCUAGGAGGAGGGCGGAGCCGGAGCUGAGCGCGCGGGCGGCGAGCGGAGAGCCCGGGGAAGGUGCGCGCCAGGCAGGCAGGCAGGCAAGCAAGCAAGCAGGCGAGGCGGCCGUCUCCAUGCCCCGCUGCAGAGACUGGGCGAGUCGGCGCCGCUCCUGCCUCGGGGCCGCGGAGCCCCUCGCCCGCCCCUAACAUGCGGCCGGGGCGCCUGCUGGCGGCGCCACGCGUGAACCAUGCCAGGCUUGGCAGAAGAAGAGGGGGCGCAGCAGCCGGGGGCGGGGGAGCUCCCCACGCUCACCCCCGCGGGGGACCCCCUCGGGAAGAGCAGCGCCCCCUCAAGCAAUCUCUGAGCAGCUCCCUCUGCCGUGAGUCCCACUGGAAAUGCCUGGUGCUGACGCUGCUGAUGUACGGCUGCUUUGGCGUCAUGGCCUGGUGCCGCCUCUCGACAGUGACGCGCCUGAACUACGUCGACUCCUACCGCGACGCCUCCCUGGUCUACCACGACAGCCCGUGCUCCAACGGCUACAUCUACAUCCCCCUGGCCUUCCUGGGGAUGCUGUACGUGGUCUACCUGGUGGAGUGCUGGCACCGCUUCGCCAAGGGCCAGAUGCAGUACCGCGUGGACACGGCCAGCGUCUACGAGAAGGUGCAGCGCAUGCAGCAGGCCACGCCCUGCAUCUGGUGGAAGGCCAUCAGCUACCACUACAUCCGCCGCACGCGGCAGGUCACCCGCUACCGCAACGGCGACGCCUACACCACCACGCAGGUCUACCACGAGCGCGUCAACACCCACGUGGCUGAGACCGAGUUCGACUACGCCGGCCACGGCGUCAAGGACGUCUCCAAGGAGCUGCUGGGCCUCUCAGAUUACCCGGUCACCAAGCUGCGCUUCACCAAGUGCUUCAGUUUCGCCACGGGGGAGGCUGAGGCGGCCUACCUCACCCAGCGGGCCCGCUUCUUCGGCGAGAACGAAGGCCUGGACGACUACAUGGAGGCCCGCGAGGGCAUGCACCUCAAGAACGUGGACUUCAAGGAGCACAUGAUGGUUUUCCCCGACCCCGGGCGUCCGCCCUGGUACACGCGCCGGUGGGUCUUCUGGCUGGCCUCCUUCCUCCUCCUCUCCUGGCCCUUGCGGGUGCUGGCGGAGUACCGCACCGCCAACGUCCACUACCACGUGGAGAAACUCUUUGGGGCGGACGACGGGCCCAGCCCGCUGGACGCGGUGGGCGGCUACGUCCGGCGCAUCUCCCGCGUCAACACGGUGGACAUGACCGAGCUGGAGUGGCACAUCCGCUCCAACCAGCAGCUGGUGCCCAGCUAUUCGGAGGCCGUUCUCAUGGACUCCACCGUGGUGGCCGGGGCGGCCUACCUGCGCAGCUGCCAGCGCUGCCGCCGGACUGUCAGCAGCAACUCCUUGCCCUCGCGCGGCACCCGGGCCCUGUACGCCCGGCUGCCCUUCAGCUGCAGCCGCUUCUCGCUGAGCGGAGCCCGGCGCUGCGGGGGGAUCCUGCGCAGCCUGAGCGGCAGCCAUGUGGGCAGCAGCAUCGAGACGGAGCCCCUCGAGCCCCCCUGCUACCAGGACGCGCUCUACUUCCCCGUGCUGAUCGUGCACGGCGGGGAGGGCUGCCACCGCAACGGGCAGAGGCCGGGCCCCGCGGGGAGGGCCUCGGGGACUCCGCUGUGACCCCAGAGAGAGAGGAGCCCCACCGGGUGGGAAGAUGAAAUGGAAAAGCAACCCAAAAGCCUCCGCCCUGGCUUGUUCCCUUAUUACCUGAGUGCCCCUGCAAAAAAAAAUCAAAAACAAAAAACGGGCUGUAGGUUGAUUUGGCCCUCCCUUUCCAACCCCCUCUAAGUUAUGUGGGGAAUGGGGAAACGAAGGACCCUUUUUGUGUGUGAGUGUGUGUGUGUGUGAGUGUGAGUGUGUGUGCACGCGCACGUGUGUGCAAACGGAGCCAGUUGUGCAAAGGCUGGCUUGUUUUGCACAACCCAUUGCUUCAAAACAAAAUGCCCUUCUUCUUUUUCUUAGAACGUGGUUGUUCAACAAGUUUUCUGAGAAUGGAAGGAAGUGGGGGACGGGACACAGAGGAAGGGGUGUCUGGCUUCGAAGCAGGCCGUUUCUGGGGCUGAGGGAGAGAGGAGAGACCAAGAGCAACAUGGGGUAUGUGAACCUCUGUGUUUGGGCUGCUUUAGAAGCCUUGACAUCACUUCUCCCCUUAAGUUUUGUUGUUUUACUCUGCACCACUGAGCCCCUCCAUGAUCAUGAGGGCUAAGCAUCACACUCAGGGUGUCAGGAGGCCUGCAGCUCUUUCUGGCAUUGUAGUUACAGGAGACUGACUGCUCCUGGCCUUUAGAUGCAUUUAAAGGGGGGGGGGUUGAGGAUUCCCUUCUGAAGCCUGACUGGGAGUUGGGUGGCCCCAUUUUUCACCGACUGAGGAUCUGUGCCUUUGAACAGCUUUGUAACAGGGAGAGAUCAAAGGGCCAGGCGCCUUGACCCACCCCAGUUUUUUUUGCCUGCCGUUUAAAACGACAACACCACACAUGCACACCUUUCUUUGUGGGCUCAGCCCCUUGGCUACCUAAAUGUAGCCUCUGGGUUCAGGGACAGUGCAGGCAACUCCCUGUUUAUGUGCAAUCAAGGCACCCGAGCUUCGCCACAAACCCAGAAGUGGCCAAAACGUCCUUUAAAGAGCGUGAUAGUUGCAAAAAUAGCGCCCAGCAAUCUCAGGAGCCUUUGACCUCUGAGGCCUGUGGAAAGUUGGGAGUUUGAGUGAGGUGGUUUGGAGGGAGCAAUUGUGGUGAAGUUUGGUGCAUUAUUUUUUAAAGGGUUUUUCCAGAAGUUCAGAAGAUGUUUACAGGCUUUUUCAACAGCAUUCCCAAAACACGCAAUUUCAGUGAAAGGCCUCAGGAUGUAACCGCCGCGUAAAAAUGGGGAGUUGUCUGUAUGCCUUUGAGCGCCAGGUGCUGGGGACAGGUAAAUGGGGAGAGCUCUUGCCUUCCUGCCUCGCUGGUCAGCUGUCAGAAACGGGAUACUAGACUAGACGGACUUUGAGUCUCAUCCAGGGGGACGAUACUUUGCUUCCAAAGUAAGUUGUCGGGGCAGGCGAAUGCUCUCGCUUUUGGCUAUCCAUCCAUCAAAAGCUUUGUGCAGAAUCGACGGACCAAAUGUUAUUGCGGGGGGGGGGGACACCCUCCACCGCAAAAAAAAAAAAAAAGAGUAACUGAACGGCUUCAGGAAUCCUGGGACCAGACAGGGCCGGUCCUCCCAUUAGGUAGAAUGAGGUGCCGGGUGUUGGGGGCGCUGGGGGUGGAGCCCUACUCAGCUGUCCCUCCUGAUUGGCUGUCCAGCAGUGACGCUUCCUUGGUUGCUUGUGUGACUGGCUGUGUUGCCUGUUCUCUGCUCAGCCUGACAGGAAAACAUUGCUGGCUCAACAAGGAAAAGCAGAAAAGCAACCAGCCCCAGCCGCACACUCCAGGAAGCGUUUUGUAAGCGCAUGUGUGCCUUGGCUCCUGGAAUUGCUGCUCUUUGCAGUGUCUGAGCUGGCAGGGCAGUGAGUGAGCGGUGGGAGGAGGCUGGAGCUUGAGUGUGGCCCCCUAAACUAGCCUGUGGCCCUCAGGUGCCUCUGCAGCUAGCAGGGAAGCUAUCGCCUACGGAGUUGGCUUGCAUACGUGGAAAGCAAGAUUCCUAGGGACGUAGCCAUCAUUCGGUAGUUCGGGGCUGCUGAGGAUGCUGGAAGGUGGAAAAGGAUGUUGGACCUAGGCUAUGAAGCAAGACAGGACUUGGCUGACCUGUCCUGGCUUGCAGUGGAGGGCCCAGGCGCACAUUCUCCAUACAGUCAUUCAUGCCUGUCUCCUGUGGUUGUGGGCCCUUUCCCACCGUUGUGGCCAGCUAUGUUCUCCUCAGGAGCAGACACACUGAUUUUUCAAUGCUAAAUUAGUCACACCCAAUCGUUUUAACGGAUCUGCCUUGAACGCUGGGAACACCACCACACAGUGGCCCUUGAACUUCCACCAAAGUAUCUCAGGAGCCGUUGUUUGUCAAGGGGGCAGAGAGUUGUUAGGAGACCCCCUUGGUGCUACAGUUCCCUGCACCCUAAGUAAACUACAGUUCCCAGAAUUCUUUGGGGGCAGGGAGACACGGCUUAAGGUGGCGGGAGGGUGUUUUUGCGUAUCUGGUGUGGGUGCGCCCUUGGGACAGCCACAGAUUUAGGCUGGCUUAACAAUUGGUUCUCCCUUUUCUGAGCAAACGACGGGAGCACCAUUUUAAUUUUUCUUUUAAUGAGGCUUGGGCUAAUUCUGAGCACUCCUGGAAUGCCGCGAUCCUCCGGGGAGGGUGGGAGCCUCAGCAAAGCCAAUAACAAGCUUGUAGUGUAGAUACACCCUGGAGUAGCUCAGUAGGUUGAACAUGAGACUCUUAAUCUUAGCUUCAUGGGUUUGAGCCCCAGUUGGGAAAAAGAUCCCUGCCCUGUGGGGGUGGGUUGGAAUAGGUGACCCUUGUGGUCCCUUCAGACUCUACGAUUCCAUAAAAAAGUUUAGGAAGAAACACAUUUGCUUUCUUCCUGCCUCUUCCAGUAUUCUGGAUCCCAACCAUUGUUCCAUGUUCCUGAGAUAGGACUUUUCUGGACUGUAGUGGUUCUGCCUCUCCCAAAAUCUUAAGGAGGCAGGGCUUCUUCCAGCCUUCAAAUGGCCUCCUGCCAGGGACUUUUUAGUUGUGGCUCCUGCAUUGCUGCAGGUUAUGUCAAGGGGUGGGACACACACCCUUUUCCCAGGCUUCCUGAUGCUCCUUAGACUCUACCAUGCGCAGGCUACAAUGCUCUCACCUUGUGAGGAAAGCAUGUGUGUGCGCGAAGGGAUCGGCGUGUGUGAGUGUCCGGGGGGAGAUGUUGCCAUUCCCGACCCCACCAUCCCAUUAUUAUGACUGGGGGGGGGGUGUCUCCACAUUUGACAGGCCCGAGGAGUCCCAGGUGGGGGCCUCCAUCACCAUGCUGUUGUAACUUCAGUGUGAGUUUGCAUUGAGACCACUGGUUUCUUCCUGUUUUCCUGGGGGACGGGGUGGGGGGGUGGCGAGGUAUAGAAGCUCCCCCCCCCAUUCUCCCUCCCUCCUGCUCUCUCUCCUCCCGUCUCCAUGCAACACAGGCGCAAUUCAAGAGAAGAGACUCUUUCUAUUGUGCAACAUGAAUAUGGACGUGGAACUGUUAACCUAAAUCGGAGGGGGUGGGGGUGGGGCGACGUUGGGACUUGUUGAUGUUGGAGUGAAAUAAAAAUUACUUCGAGUCCCUCGCUCAUAGGACAAUAAAGAUCUUUCGAGGUA